AUGGAGUUGUCAGGCUCUACACCAGUUACCAUUGGUCUUGAUCUCAUGCCAAAGCUUGGCAUUGCAGUUACAGGUUUAACCACUACGUGGAAUACACAACCGAAAGAAAAACACGUAACCACCAACAGCGACAUCCCCGAACCUAACAACUCACCUGCAGGUUCCCACGCUGAACGUGACGCAUUCUUUGCCAUUGUACAACCUACAGUGGAUCACAAUGCCCAAAUCUCAAUCAAAGACACUUUUUGCACUGUACCUCAAUCUGUUAUCCAUCUCAAGACCAAGGACGAAGACGCUGUUGUACACAAGCGACAAUACCCAAUUCCUGAAGCAUCCCUAGCACGUGUUCAAGAACAAGUGCAAUCAUGGAUCGAUGAUGUUAUUGUUGAAGAAGCACCUGUAUCCACGGUUUGGAAUAGUCCCAUCACCAUGGCUCCCAAGAAAGACAUGUUUGGUAAUUACACCGACAAGCGUCCAUGUCUUGAUCCCCGCCAUAUCAACAAGCUUCUUGUGGAACCCGAUCGCCAUCCGUUGCCCCUUAUCAACGACAUUUAUGCCGACUUGAAAGGUGCCACAAUUUUUACCACAUUGGACCUCAAGAAUGCUUUCCACAGGUUCGAGAUUUAUGGCCCUGAUAGACCUAAGACAGCUUUCAAGAUUCCUGGUUUCAAGCAACUCAUGUUUCGUGGUUGUCCUUUUGGUCUCAAGCCAAUCUCUUCAACCUUCCAACGUACCAUGGACAUCCUUUUCCAGGAUAUGCCUUUUGUGUCAACCUUUGUGGAUGACAUUAUCAUUUACUCACGCACCAUGGACGAACACGCUAAGCAUGUGGCUACGGUCAUUGACAAGCUUACCAGCGUUAACCUCAUUCUCAAUCCCAAGAAAUGCCACUUUGCACAGGAGUCCGUAUACCUCCUUGGUUUUUGCGUUUCCGCCAAAGGUAAGUCUUUGGAUACACGCAAGGUCGCUAAUGUACAGCAAUGGCCCACACCACAAACUGGCAAGGAUAUUCAACGCUUCCUCGGCGUUAUCAACUACUUCAGGGAGCACAUCCCUAAAGCUGCCGAUCUCAUGGCACCACUUGACAAGCUUCGAAACGAACAUCGUUUGGAUGAUCUUUGGACAUCCCAUACUCAACAAGCUUUUGACAACCUUAAACAGGUUCUUCUUGAUGCACCUGUUCUUUGCCAUCCAGAUCUAUCACAUCCUUUUCAGGUUGCCACUGAUGCAUCAAACACAGGUAUUGGAGCGGUACUUUACCAAGUCAUCGAUGGCCAAACUCGCCACAUUGGUUUCAUGGCUCGUUCUUUAUCCAAAUCUGAACGCAACUAUUCCACCACAAAACGUGAGUUACUCGCCAUCGUAUUCGCUCUCAACAAAUUUCACAAGUAUCUUUGGGGUAACCCAUUCACACUUUACACCGAUCACAAGGCAUUGGUUUACCUUCACACCCAAAAGACAGCUAAUCCCAUGAUGAUUGGUUGGCUUGAAACUAUCUUGGAGUAUCAAUUCACCAUUGUGCAUUUACCUGGACUCGACAACACGUUACCUGAUCAACUCUCACGCCUUUUCCCAACGGCAAAAGAGCUGGCAGGGGACGAUGCUUCGCACUUACAUGGUAAUCAAUACACCUCUCAUGCCAUCGGGGUUACAGGCAACACCGACAAAGUAUACAGCGGCAUUGAUGAUGGCACUGACGACAUGUUUACGCCACCUCAAGAAGAUCGCAAGAAGCUGCUUAUGGAAGCACAUGCUUUAGGACACUUUGGUGCAAAGGCUAUGGUAUCGUAUUUACAUGCUAAUGGCUUACAAUGGAACAACAUGCAUAGGGAAGCACAAAACAUUGUACACAGCUGCCGCCAAUGCCAGCGACACAAUAUUGCCAAAGUGGGUUAUCACCCUCUUCGUCCCAUUCAUGCAUAUCUCCCUGGUGAUCACUGGGCAAUUGACCUUGCCAGCGGCUUUGGAACAAGCAACAGAGGUAACAACUACUUGCUGGUUAUGGUUGAUGUAUGUACAAGAUUUUGCGUUUUACACACACUACCCGACAAGUCAUCCGAUACAGUGGUUCAAGCGGUUGUUAAUACGUUUUGCGAUUAUGGUUUCCCUCGUUAUCUACAAUCCGACAAUGGCACCGAAUUUGUCAACACUCUCAUGCGUAAGUUACAAGAGUCUGCCGGAUUUGAUCAUCGACUUGCAACACCCUAUCAUCCAAGAGCGAAUGGCGUGGCUGAACGAUUCGUCCAAACCACCAUCAAUGUCAUCCGCAAGUGCGUUGAAGGCUCCACCAAAGAUUGGGACUUGUAUGUCAAACCUACACAACUUGCUCUCAACAACAAGGUUGCCAGCCGACAUGGUUCUACACCAUUUGCCCUCAUGUUCAACCGAGCCAUGAAUGGAUUCCGUGACUACAGCAAUGAUGAGAUCCCAAGGCCACUUACAGAAGAUGAGCUUAUGGACCGCAUUGACUUGAUGUCCAAAACGGUAUUUCCUGCCAUAUCGGAAAGGGCACAGGCACUCGCACAAUUAAAAAAGGGUAAGCACGACACCAGGUAUAGGAUUGUACAAUAUCCACCCGGUAGCAAAGUCAUGGUUAAGGAUAUGCUUCGAAGCAAGAAACUCGAUCCACGGUAUGAAGGACCUUACACCGUUGUCAAGGAAACCAAGGGCGGUUCUUAUGUCUUAAGAGAUGAACAAGGACUCCUCGCACCCAGAAAUUAUGCACCAUCACAGCUCAAGCUUGUCUCGGAAGAUGAAUUGGUUGAUGUCAACGAACUUUACGAGCACGAAGGCAAGUAUUACACAAUUCAAGCAAUUGUCGAUCAUCGAGAGCUGGCACCUGGCAAAUACGAAUACCGGGUUAGAUGGCAAGGUUACACCGAGGCUGAUGAUACAUGGGAACCUCCUCAAUCAUUUCACAGCCCAACACCGAUCACACAAUACUGGGACAAACUCACUACCCCUUCACGUGUACAAAACAACACACACGAGCGCGGCAACACAACCACCAUUAUGCGUAACAAGACUUCACCUUCCAAACGACCACGAGCAUCUUCAUCAUCCCAUCGCCAAAGCAAACGCCCUCGACGUCAAGUUAAUUACAGGGUAUAG